AUGCCUCGCCUGAAGGAGUUCGCCCCUGAGCUCUCCAAGGCGCUUACCUCCAUCAUCGAUGCCUCCUUGCAACAAGCAAAGACGCCACCAGAUUGGAAAACCUCAUACGUGACAGCUGUGCCCAAGACGCCCUCCCCAGACACCCUUGACGAGACCCGCUCCGUGUCCGUCACACACAUGCCCAGUCUCUUGUGCGAGAGUUUCGUGUCCGAGUGGGCCUACACCGACCUCCACCCCAGUUUUGAUCAACAACAGUAUGGAAUCAUAAGAUCCACUUCUGCCUCUCACUACCUCGUAAAUCUCCUGAACUACAUUUACACUAAUUUAGGAAAACGCACCAUUCCCAUGGACUUCAGCAAGGCCUUUGACUUCGUUGACUAUACCACAGUCAUCAAGACUACAUCCGCGACGGGAUUCCGGGAGUGUCUUGUGGCGUGGCUCGCAGACUUCCUCGCGGAGCGCUGCCAGGCAGCCGUCUGCAGGGUGCCAUGUCCUCAAUUCUGCCUAUGA